CUCCAGUCUCCUUGGGUUUCUCAGUGUCUCAUUCCUUCAACAACAAUUCAAAACUUUGCAGAAGCUUGUGAAGAAACUAUCACUUUCUACCAUUAUAUAUCCAAAGAAAAUUCAUUUUGAAGGCAACAGGUAAACCAGUAAGAUCAAGAUGCCAGUAUAUAUCCGGAAAGGACCCCUGGAGAUCCCCCCUUAUGAAGAACAGGAUUGGAUUAAGGAUGAAGAUGGAGACUAUUUCUUAAAGGAUCCAGAUCAAAUUCUUGAUUCCCUACCUCAGCCUUUUCGGAUGAUCAGUAAUCUGAUAAACCUAUUGUUUGACCGGACAUGGGAAACCAUUGAGGAGAGAGAAGCAACAAGGGCAAUUACAAUUAUUAAGAGUAAGCCAACUGUCUAUUUACCAACUCAAGAAAUCAAGUCUUGGGGUGAACCAUCCUCCAUUGCCGUCUCUAAACACUAUGUGUUUAUUGCAUCAUCCAAUGGAUUCAAGGUCUUCAGUGUAUUGGAUGAUGAGUAUUCAUUGGUCCGUAAUUGGGAAAUGGUCAAAUAUGGGAUCAUGUCCAUCUCAGCUACAGAAAUAGGGAAUGAAAUAUUUGUGACUACUGUGGAUGAAAUAGGUGUUGCUCGUGUCUUUUAUUUUUACAAAGAAAUUAUUUUCCUAAUAAAAGCCAUGAAUGAUGUGGAAGAUAUUAACAAGCAGACUCCAUGUUUGAAUUUGAAAGUUUCUCCUGGCGGGGAUUUUAUGGCCAUACUUUUCCAAGGAGCUGGGUCUAUUUGGCUAGAAGUAUAUCGAUUACCCAAGGAAAACUGGAGUAAGGAGGUGGAGCAACCCCAUUCAUCUCAAUCAAAGAAGAAACCUAGCCAUAUGCAUCUAAAAAUCAGUGUGUCUCAAGAUCUUUCAGAAAUAGAAAAUUAUCUUCUCAAAGCAGACAUUAAGUUCAGCAGUCCAAUUCAAAUAUUGAAACUUAAACCGCCCAAACCAGUUACAGGUACUCCAUUUAAAAGCCCAGUGGAAGUCUUUCAAAAGAUAGAAGAUAUUUAUGGGUUAGGCUCUGGGCAAAAUCACAUGAUCAGAGAUAUCCAAUUGGAGCAACAGGCAGCAAUCUUCGAUGUUUUAUUUAGAAAGUUUCUGCCUUUGACAGACCCAGAGCAGAAUCCCAGUACUACAGGGUUCCACUUUCUUCUCCCCGGACAUAUCAUGAUGUUGCCAAGUGAAACCAAAGGUCCCUCAGGUAUGGCCUGUGCCCUGGCUGUGCACUGGCCUGGAAGACAUGAUUUCUUCCUGUAUUCACUUACCCGACCUCCAAGAGACAAAGACAAAGAAAGAGAAAGAGAGAAAAGCGAUUCUGAUCUGAAGUCUGAGGGAGUAUGGCCAACUGCAUCACCAAUUAUUAAGUCAGCCAUUAGUCCUUGCUCAUCUUUUGUAAUUCUGAUUUGUGAAGAUGGAGUAAUCACAAUGUGGGACAGAGCCCAAGGAUUCUUGCUUGGUGUGAUCUCGCUUCCAGAAGGAUGUUCCUGCAGAAGUCUUCACUUCUUAAAGAAUUAUGAAACCCUAAAGGACUGCCCAUUCCCAGAGGAUGUGCUCACUUCUAAAUUACAGGUUCUGGUGCUGUGCACUGAUGGGUCUCUUUACCUGGUGAAAACCGAAAAAGCCAGUGAACCCAGCAUCAGUGUGGUUGUGGAAAGGCCUGUGAAGCAUCCAAAUGAAACAAUUUGUGUUGUGGCUCCCAUUCCAUUUUUAACUCCCUUGGUACUACUCUUUGUUUUGGAUGGAUCGGUUUAUGUCAUGAAUGUGACCAACUCAGAGAUCAUCUGUGAAUUGGAUUCUCCUGCCUCUCAUCAUUUGGCAAACCCCUGGCAGCCCGUGUUUGCCUUUAUUUCAGAAACCCAGUCUGUGCUCAUCCGGGGAGACCUAGAAAAGAAUGAAAAAUUCCAACAUUAUGGUUAUAGCAUUUUCAUUUUUAAAUUGGAGUCCUGCCAAAAACCAAGGACUUCCAUACCCGUAUCUGAUGAGGAACCUAUGUAUUCUCAACCAUCAGAAAUUAGCAGCUGCAUCAACCAAUUGCCCUUGGUGAAGAGAUGUGAAUUUUUUCUACAAAAUCGACUUAAGAACUUUGAUUCUACUAAAGACAACGGACUAGAAUCCUUGCUUGAGCUACAGAAAAGCUCGACAAUUAUGCAGAAAGAAAACCGCAAAAAGUGACGUGGGCUUCUGCUCCUCAAGGUCCUGCGAGAAAGAGACUUCGACUGUACGGCUCCCAGCAAAUGUCACCUAGACUGGUAUUCAUUGGUUUCAUAGCCAAGAAACUUUUGUUGUUGUUGUUGUUGUUUUACACUUGUACCCAUCCAUCUUCAAAUAGCUGUUCAUUGCUGAAGGAGUAUGAUGUCAAAAACCCUGGAGAUGAGGAACAUUGUUCCUACACUUAGACUAGAGGCAACUGGAGUGAAAAGACCACUUCUGAGGACUCCAACUGGUAGGUCUUUCCUCUCAUACUUGUACAGAUUGGAUUCAAAAUCAGCUGAAUCAUCCCAAUAAAGAGCAACUUAUUUUCUAGA